AUGGAGGCCAAUGCGACAGGCUCCAUCUUCCAAGCGUUCUUCUGCAGAGGGGCAGGCGGGACCGGUGGAGACCUGGCCCCGCGGGACGUCUCCGGCACCUCGGACCCCUUUGCACGAGUUUCCUGGGAUGGCCACGCUUUGGAGACAGCUAUCAUUAAGAAGACUCGCUUCCCGCACUGGGAUGAGGUGCUGGAGUUUGACCUGGAGGAGGAGGUGCCUGGGAAGGAAUCCAAAGGGUCCCAUGUGAGCGUGGAGGUGUGGGACUGGGACAUGGUGGGGAAGAACGACUUCCUGGGACGGGUUGAGUUCUCUCUGGACGCCCUUCAGAGAUCCCCUGCCAAAGGCUGGUUCAGGCUCCUGCCCUUCCCCACCGCUGAGGAGGAUGCUGGAGGAAAGCUGGGGGCUCUGAGGCUGAAAGUCCGACUGGCUGAGGACAGGAUCCUGCCCUCCAUGUACUACCAGCCCCUGAUUGAGCUCCUGGUGGAAUCCAUCCUGUGUCCUGCCGAGGAGAAGGACGUCAGCCCGCUGGCCUUGCUGGAGGAGAUCAGCUCAGUGGAGAGCCGGCAAGACGUGGCCACGAAGCUGGUGAAGAUCUUCCUGGGACAGGGCCUGGCGGUGCCCUUCCUGGACUACCUCAACCUGCGGGAGGUGACCAAGACCACUGAUCCGAACACACUCUUCCGCUCCAACUCCCUGGCCUCCAAAUCCAUGGAGCAGUUUAUGAAGGUAGUUGGGAUGCCCUAUCUCCAUGAGGUCCUGAAGCCAAUCAUAAACCGGAUCUUUGAGGAAAAGAAGUACAUCGAGUUGGAUCCAUGUAAGAUUGAGCUGAACCGGACCAGGAGGAUUUCCUUCAAGGGCUCCCUGUCCGAGGCCCAGGUGCGGGAGAGCAGCCAGGAGCUCUUGAAGGGCUACCUGAGUGACAUCAUGGAGUCCAUCAUCGGCUCAGUGGAGAAGUGUCCCGCUAUCAUGAGGGUGGCCUUCAAGCAGCUGCACAAGCGGGUAGAGGAGCAGUUUCCAGAGGCGGAGCAUGAGGAUGUGAAGUACAUUGCAAUCAGUGGGUUCUUAUUUCUCCGCUUCUUCGCUCCUGCCAUCUUGACACCAAAGCUGUUCAACCUCCGUGACCAGCAUGCCGACACCCGGACCAGCCGCACACUUUUGCUACUGGCCAAGGCAGUGCAGAGCAUCAGCAACCUCGGCCUGCAGCUGGGGCAUGGCAAGGAGCAGUGGAUGGCUCCGCUGCACCCCUUCAUCCUUCCCAGCAUCGCCCGUGUCAAGGAUUUCCUGGACAAGCUCAUCGACGUGGACAGCGAGAACGCGGGGAAGCCCAGCCCGGACAUCACCUUCCACCCCUCGGUCACCAUCAAGGAGGGCUACCUGCACGCAAGGAAUGAGGGGCUCCACCUGCUCCCCUACGCUUCACCUGCAAGAAACCGCUACUUCUGGCUGAGCAGGAGCCUCCUCUACUCCAAGUCCCCAGAGUGGCAGGCUCGCUUCUCCAUCCCCAUCCAGCGGAUCUGCGCCGUGGAGAGGGUGGACGAAAACGCCUUCCAGCAGCCACACAUGAUGCAGAUCAUAACGCAGGAUAACGAAGGGCAGCUGCGCACCAUGUACAUCCAGUGCAAGAAUGUGAACGAGUUGAACCAGUGGCUGUCGGCCAUCCGCAAGGCCAGCAUCUGCAAUGAGCGCAUGCUGCCCUCUUGCCACCCGGGUGCCUUCCGGGGCAACCGCUGGACCUGCUGCCUGCAGCCCGACCGCACAGUGCGCGGCUGCAGCCGGACUCACUCUGCCAUGACCCUGGGAGACUGGAGCGACCCCCUCGACCCGGAUGCUGAGACCCAGAUGGUGUACGGGCAGCUCUUGCUGGCGAGAGACAAGCUCAGGUCAGUGCAGCUGCGGGACGAGGGCGGGUAACACCAGCACAGGCAGGCGGGGACCCGGAGGGCGGGGGAGCAAGGCUGUUCCUGCCAGGAGCGCCGGAGGGCCGCUGCUGCCCGCCUGCUGAACGUCAUAGAAGACCUGGAGCGUGCCCACAGCGCCUUCGAGCGCCGGGAGAAGGAGGAGGCAGACUAUGACUCUCACCACCCCUGAGAAGCCUCCUCCCCCUUCCCCACCCCAUCCCUCCCUGGCGCCUCGGUUGGACCGUGCCCGCCCGACGAUGGUGCAUGGGAGUGGGCCCUGGUGCUGGGAGACACCGGCUCUGGACUGGGAGUGGCAAUGGCAGUGGCCACGUGUGCACCCCACAGCUCAGGCCAGAGGUGGCCUAGCACGUCCUGCUCCCCUGCUGUAGCGCCCAAAUCAACCAUCAGAUGGCGCUUGAAACCCUCCAUGAACCACACCAUGAACAGCAGUAGCCAACUUCCUUGCUGUCCUUUUCCCUGUGGGACAGAGCCAGGAUCCACAGCCUGGGCAGGUUAGCUGUGCCCAUGCCCCAGUGCCAUCCUCCUGCAGGCUGUACCUGACCUUGCCACGCAGGGCCUUCCCGCUGAACCUCAGUCCCUGGGCACCGCCAGCCAGUGCCUGCUGUCCUGGUGUCCCAGAGGCGUGUGAGGGUGGCAAACAGCCUGCCCCUGGCUCCCAAAGACAGCUCACCGCCCCCCCCAAUCUGUGCCUUUCCCACCCCACAUUCCAGCCUUCAUGGCCACUGGGCGAGGGAAGGCACUUCUGUGUCUGUAACUGAUGAAGACCUCAAGUGAGCCCGUAGCCAUGAUCCUUUGAACAAGAGCCGGGCUCUUGGGGGGAAUCGCGCGUGGGCUGGACCGCAGCCCUGCAGCACUCUGGCUGUGCAGCAGAAAGCUGUCCGGCCUGCAUGCCAACCUCCUCCAGCCCGUCUCUCUUCCGCAAUUCCACUGCGCUGGCCCAUGGGCCAGCCACCAUGAACUUGGCUCUCCCCAGCACCUCCUGGUGGUGGCAAAUCUAAGCUCUGCCACUGGAGGGUUAAACUCCUCCAGCUCCCCAGGGGACGAUGGCUUGUGCCUAGAGCGCAGUGGGUGGGGAGCCCACCUGUGCUGUGCUCAGACGUGGAACCCAGGGCCCUGCAUCUACUGGGUGCUCCUUUAAAUCACUGCGCUGACACUCCAUCCAUGUGUGCACUGCGUAGCUAUCCGCACCGCCCCACUGGGCACCCCACAGCCUGCCCUGCGUGCACAGGGCUGCGCGUAAAACUCAGCUGGGCGCCUCUUUGCUUGUGCCAAAGUCCUGCUCAGGAAGCGAAGGAGGCUACUCCAGGGACUUCUCACCCAGAUCACCUGCGCAUGGUGGAGU